CAGCACCAGGGAGAGAAUAGGACUGGGUUGUGAUAAUCACGCAGGACGCUCUUUGUCUCGGUCUCGCUCUCUCCGCAGCUACGCUGUCUCGCGCAACCCUGCCGUUGGGCACCGAUCGCGCGUGUGCAGAACGUAGAAAUUGUCGCACGCCCGGAAUGAAAUUAAAACAUCGAUGGUUGGUUGGUGACGUUUCUGCUUCCUAAAUUUGGAUUAUUCGGGAUUCCUGGAUUCCUUCUUUUUUUUUUAUAACACUCGCGAAUCCCAGGAAUAUCGAACCAGACGUGGCAGAGCGAGCCCAUAGCAACCGAUUCCCACCGUGAAGACACAUCCGCUGUUAAUCCACAGUCCAAGACAAAUCAAUGUCCUAGUAUUCAUCUAUUCUAGUUAAACAUAUACUGUCUGACGGAGAACAAUGUCCUAGGCUACAACGUUUGAUUAUAGAAUUAACCUACAAUUUCUCCAUUUAGUCUACAAGGAAGUUGCCUGUCAUGUGGACGUGGGAUGCACUCUAGAGUAGUGUAUUGAUAGGUUAGAAAAUAGCCUAAACCGUUUCUUCAGCAUCACGCUACAAUAGACCGGUCAGAUGAUGAUGAUGAUGAUGAUGCUACAGUAAGAUGCUGGUGUGACGUUGCUGGAUCCCUUUUCUCUCUCUAUACGCACCUCAUCAUCACCGCCCAGCCCAGCGGCAGACAGACAGACAGACCUUCGGAGGAGGGCUGGACCGCUAUUGGCUACAGUAAAACCGCCAACCGAACAUGCUCACGUAGCAGCAGCAGGAGCAGCAUCAGUGUGUUAACAAGGAACCGGUAAUCGCUAGGCUACAAACCAUGCCCGGUGUAACCUAUUAUAAGGGGAUGUUGACUGACUGACGAGUUGUGAUUAUCGUGAAUAGAUGGACGGUUAGGCUGCUACCAGGAUCCCUUUUCAUUCUACCACAUGCUGAUGAUGACAAUGGAAUAAAAGAUUCGGUAACCGGUAGAAAAGAACUGUGAAUCUGUGUGAAUCCCAUAGUUAACGGUAACCGCGAUGUCUCUCAACAAGACUAUCGAGCUGGAACAUUUCGAUGAACGGGACAAGGCUCGUCGUAGCCGGUCCACUCGCUCCACUGGUGCUUCUACCGGCGGGGGAUCCGGUUCGAGAGGCAGCAGCCUGGUGCCAAGCCCCGCGCACAGCGCCAACUGCAGCUACUACCGCACGCGCACGCUGCAGACUCUCACCUCAGAGAAACGUGCCAAGAAGGUCAGGUUCUACCGGAAUGGGGACAGGUAUUUCAAGGGACUCGUGUAUGCGGUCUCUAACGACAGAUUCCGGUCAUAUGAUGCGCUGCUGAUGGAGCUGACCCGGUCCCUGGCGGACAACCUGCAUCUGCCUCAGGGCGUGCGCGCCAUCUAUACGGUGGACGGGAUCAAGAAGAUCACUUCUAUGGAUGAACUGGCAGAGGGUGACUGUUACGUGUGUGCGUCCAACGAGCCCUAUCGUAAACUGGACUACACCAAGAUCAACAACCCAAACUGGAAGCCCGGUGUUACCACUGGCACCUCUAGUGGUUCCCCUACUGCCCCUGGGACGCGGUCUGGGUCUGGCCCGGGCCCGGGCGGUCAACAGCUGGUCAGAGAGAGUAAUGACUUUAUAAAACCUAAGCUGGUCACGGUGAUUCGUAGUGGAGUGAAGCCCAGGAAAGCAGUCAGGAUUUUAUUGAACAAGAAGACGGCGCAUUCCUUCGACCAGGUUCUGGAGGAUAUCACCGAAGCCAUCAAACUGGACUCUGGUGCCGUCAAGAGGCUUUAUACACUGGACGGGAAACAGGUGACCAGCCUGCAGGACUUCUUCGGUGAUGAUGACGUGUUCAUGGCGUGUGGUCUGGAGAAGUUCCGUUACGCUCAGGACGACUACGCCAUCACACACAGCGGGAAGGCUGCCUCCGCGUUCGUCAACGACUCUAGGGUGAAAAUGUCUCGUUCCUCCACUCCUCUGAAGCCGUCGUCUCCCAAACCUUCCAGCGUGACCACGCCCAAAACCCCGCCCAGAACUCCACCCAGAACCAAAUCACCUGGCCCAGCUAAUGAGGGGACAGGAAUUCAGGUGGGUGUGGCUAAGUCAGCGAGGUCAUGCCCCUCCCCUACCAGCCCGGGGACCCGACGCAACCUCAAGAUUUCUCCUCAUCCUGCCUCGUCAGAUGUGAACGGAAGCAGCGACCAGACAGAUGAUCUGAGCCCUGAAGUGAAUGGGAACAGGUCGGUCUCCUCCUCCAUCAUCAGUGACAAGUACAAGGUGGGGAAGAUCAUAGGGGACGGGAACUUUGCAGUUGUUAAGGAUUGUGUCGAGAGGUCGACUGGACAGGAGUUUGCUCUGAAGAUUAUCGAUAAAGCUCGUUGCUGUGGGAAGGAGCACCUGAUAGAGAACGAGGUGGCGGUGUUGAGGAGGGUCAGACACCCCAGCAUUAUACAGCUGAUUGAGGUCGACGACACGCCCACAGAACUCUACCUGGUCAUGGAAUUGGUCAAGGGUGGAGAUCUGUUUGAUGCCAUCACAUGUUCUACUAAGUACACAGAGAGAGAUGCCAGUGCCAUGGUCUUCAACCUGGCCGGGGCUAUCCAAUACUUACACCGUAUGGACAUAGUCCACAGAGACAUCAAGCCUGAAAACCUGCUGGUGUGUGAGUACCUGGAUGGGACCAAGUCGUUGAAGCUGGGUGAUUUUGGUCUGGCUACAGUCGUAGAGGGACCCCUGUAUACAGUCUGCGGAACCCCCACAUAUGUAGCUCCAGAGAUCAUCGCUGAGACUGGGUACGGUCUGAAGGUGGAUAUCUGGGCUGCAGGUGUUAUCACCUACAUUCUAUUGUGUGGGUUCCCCCCGUUCCGCAGUGAGAAUAACAUCCAGGAGGAGUUGUUUGACCAGAUACUCAAGGGGGAGUUGGAAUUCCCUUCCCCAGACUGGGACACAGUCAGCCUGCCGGCCAAGAUGCUGAUUGGUCAGAUGCUGCAGGUGAACGCGGACAUUCGUUAUUCAGCAGAGGAGGUUCUCUCACACCCCUGGGUUACGGACGAGGCCACUCUGGAGGGCAGAAACGUGAACACAGAGGCAUUAUCGUCAGCUACGGUGACCCCUGACCUUCCAGUGACCCCUACAACCCCGACCUUUGCCCCUAUGACCCCGGCAGCACAGAGUAGCCCCGUCCACAACAACACUACUAAUCCCAACACUAAAUCUGUUACCUCUGCUGAGGACACAUCCCAUUUCAUCCCCUAGGCAAGGGAUGGGCAACUGAUGGGGGUGGGAGCCACCAACAAUCUGAACUCAUCACGAGGGGCAGAGGUGGCUCGUGGGCGGAGUGAAGAUUUAGCCAUUUUAUAACUCAUUUCCUGCAAUUCUACACAUUUUGCCAUGUGGGUGGAGAGAAAUGGUUGCCGUUUUGAAUAUGAUAUGAAUCAAUGGGAGCCCAUGAUUAGCUGGCUAGACUAAUUAACAUAAGACUAAUUAACAUAAUUACACCAUGAGUCCUACCAGUUCAGAUAGCUGGCUAGACUAAUUAACAUAAUUACACCAUGAUUCCUACCAGUUCAGAUAGCUGGCUAGACUAAUUAACAUAAUUACACCAUGAUUCCUACCAGUUCAGAUAGCUGGCUAGACUAAUUAACAUAAUUACACCAUGAUUCCUACCAGUUCAGAUAGCUGGCUAGACUCAUUAACAUAAUUACACCAUUAUUCCUACCAGUUCAGAUAGCUGGCUAGACUCAUUAACAUAAGACUAAUUAACAUAAUUAGACCAUGAUUCCUACCAGUUCAGAUAGCUGGCUAGACUCAUUAACAUAAGACGAAUUAACAUAAUUAGACCAUGAUUCCUACCAGUUCAGAUAGCUGGCUAGACUCAUUAACAUAAUUACACCAUGAUUCCUACCAGUUCAGAUAGCUGGCUAGACUAAUUAACAUAAUUACACCAUGAUUCCUACCAGUUCAGAUAGCUGGCUAGACUCAUUAACAUAAUUAGACCAUGAUUCCUACCAGUUCAGAUAGCUGGCUAGACUAAUUAACAUAAUUACACCAUUAUUCCUACCAGUUCAGAUAGCUGGCUAGACUAAUUAACAUAAUUACACCAUUUGUCCUACCAGUUCAGAUAGCUGGCUAGACUAAUUAACAUAAAUACACCAUGAGUCCUACCAGUUUAGAUAGCUGGCUAGACUAAUUAACAUAAUUACACCAUGAUUCCUACCAGUUCAGAUAGCUGGCUAGACUAAUUAACAUAAUUACACCAUGAGUCCUACCAGUUCAGAUAGCUGGCUAGACUAAUUAACAUAAUUACACCAUGAUUCCUACCAGUUCAGAUAGCUGGCUAGACUAAUUAACAUAAUUAGACCAUGAGUCCUACCAGUUCAGAUAGCUGGCUAGACGAAUUAACAUAAUUACACCACGAUUCCUACCAGUUCAGAUAGCUGGCUAGACUAAUUAACAUAAUUACACCAUGAUUCCUACCAGUUCAGAUAGCUGGCUAGACUAAUUAACAUAAUUACACCAUGAUUCCUACCAGUUCAGAUAGCUGGCUAGACUAAUUAACAUAAUUACACCAUGAGUGCUACCAGUUCAGAUAGCUGGCUAGACUAAUUAACAUAAUUACACCAUGAGUCCUACCAGUUCAGAUAGCUGGCUAGACUAAUUAACAUAAUUACACCAUGAGUCCUACCAGUUUAGAUAGCUGGCUAGACUAAUUAACAUAAUUACACCAUGAGUCCUACCAGUUUAGAUAGCUGGCUAGACUAAUUAACAUAAUUACACCAUGGGUCCUACCAGUUCAGAUAGCUGGCUAGACUAAUUAACAUAAUUACACCAUGAGUCCUACCAGUUCAGAUAGCUGGCUAGACUAAUUAACAUAAUUACACCAUGAGUCCUACCAGUUCAGAUAGCUGGCUAGACUAAUUAACAUAAUUAGACCAUGAGUCCUACCAGUUUAGAUAGCUGGCUAGACUAAUUAACAUAAUUACACCAUGAGUGCUACCAGUUCAGAUAGCUGGCUAGACUAAUUAACAUAAUUACACCAUGAGUGCUACCAGUUCAGAUAGCUGGCUAGACUAAUUAACAUAAUUACACCAUGAUUCCUACCAGUUUAGAUAACUGGCUAGACUCAUUAAUACCAUGAGACCAUGAUUCCUACCAGUUUAGAUAGCUGGCUAGACUAAUUAACAUAAUUACACCAUUAUUCCUACCUGUUCAGAUAGCUGGCUAGACUAAUUAACAUAAGACUAAUUAACAUAAUUAGACCAUGAUCCCUACCAGUUUGGAUAGCUGGCUAGACUAAUUAACAUAAUUACACCAUGAUUCCUACCAGUUCAGAUAGCUGGCUAAACUAAUUAACAUAAUUAGACCAAGUAACCAAUCUAAAAACAUGUAGCUGACAUGGGCCAAUCGGGUGACUGUCAGUGACUGAAAAAACUGCUGAUGCACAACCUGACUUCACCUUGUGUAUUCUACCUAGCAACAGUAAGUUGUGAGCCCGACUGAGUUCCAAAAAAUGAAAUGGAUACGCGGGCUUAGAAAAGAGUUGGCAAUCCCUUCCCUGGGCUCUUCUCUUAUAGGCGAGAAGAGAGAGGCCCAAACGGAGCCCUCGACCCUGCGCCUUAUGUUGGGUGUGGAGAUCUGAGAGGAUUUGAUUGGUGUUAGCAAUAUGCUGAAACUUCCACCUCGCCUAUCAGAGGGCAAGGUGUAAGCUAUUACCAUAUUGCUUACACCUAUCAAAUCCAGAUGUCCACAAGUGCUGUAGAGUCCAUUUGGGAUGUGGGCCAUUUUCCAUUUCAGUCCCUAGCUCCUUCUCCUAGCCGAGGAGACGAGAGAAGGGAUUGAUAGGACAGAAGUGUAGACUGUAUUAUACAAACAAACUCAGAUAAAAUACUGCACAGUACCCCUCCGAAACAUAUAUCUAUCUCUCUUUCUUUCUGGUCUCAGUCCUCUCUAACUCAUAUGUAGCUCAUCUUUCCCUCCCCUUUUCUCACUCGCAAAUAUUACAAGAAUAGAGUAUACUAUGGGGAAUGGAGUAUACUGUGGAGAAUAGAGUAUACUGUGGAGAAUAGAGUAAACUGUGGAGAAUAGAGUAAACUGUGGAGAAUAGAGUAUACUGUGGAGAAUAGAGUAUACUGUGGAGAAUAGAGUAUACUAUGGAGAAUGGAGUAUACUGUGGAGAAUGGAGUAUACUGUGGAGAAUAGAGUAUACUAUGGAGAAUAGAGUAUACUGUGGAGAAUAGAGUAUACUAUGGAGAAUGGAGUAUACUGUGGAGAAUGGAGUAUACUGUGGAGAAUAGAGUAUACUGUGGAGAAUAGAGUAUACUAUGGAGAAUAGAGUAUACUGUGGAGAAUAGAGUAUACUAUGGAGAAUAGAGUAUACUGUGGAGAAUAGAGUAUACUGUGGAGAAUAGAGUAUACUAUGGAGAAUAGAGUAUACUGUGGAGAAUAGAGUAUACUAUGGAGAAUAGAGUAAACUGUGGAGAAUAGAGUAUACUGUGGAGAAUAGAGUAUACUGUGGAGAAUAGAGUAUACUGUGGAGAAUAGAGUAUACUGUGGAGAAUAGAGUAUACUGUGGAGAAUAGAGUAUACUAUGGAGAAUAGAGUAUACUGUGGAGAAUAGAGUAUACUGUGGAGAAUAGAGUAUACUAUGGAGAAUAGAGUAAACUGUGGAGAAUAGAGUAUACUGUGGAGAAUAGAGUAUACUGUGGAGAAUAGAGUAUACUGUGGAGAAUAGAGUAUACUGUGGAGAAUAGAGUAUACUGUGGAGAAUAGAGUAUACUGUGGAGAAUGGAGUAUACUGUGGAGAAUGGAGUAUACUGUGGAGAAUAGAGUAUACUGUGGAGAAUAGAGUAUACUGUGGAGAAUGGAGUUUCUACCGUAUAUUGUGUAUAUAUGUGUGAGUUGUGCUUUAGAGAAUGUAGCAGUGUGGGGGUGUGGUGAGGGAUAGUUUGGGGGAGUGGUGGGGGA